UGAAAAAAUAAAAAAUGUCAUUCUGAUUCUGUCUGUCUGUUUCUGUAUAAAUCCGUCUUAAAUCUGUAUUUGUUUCCAAAUGGAUUCUCCAGGAGAAGUCAAUAUUUUACAAACUGAUGACCUAGCAUUAACACCUGAAGAAAUGAGAAGAUUAGAACACAUAAAAAUGCACGAGAAACACAAAGGACACGAAGCGAUGCAUACAGAAAUGGUUUUUAUCCUUCUCAUCACAGUGAUAGUUGCUCAGGUUAUUUUAGUAGAAUGGAAAAAGCGACACCAAAAAUCUUAUCAGUUGGCGACGCUGUUUGGAAUGUGGAUCAUCCCUUUAGGAAUGUGUCUAAAAAACCAAUGGUGGAGGUUUAUCUUCCUAUGGCUAGUCUUCUCUUGUAUAACGGGACUGAUCGUUAGAAAAGCAGUGGAGAAACCUAUACAAGGCACAACACCAAGGUUAGUGUACAAGUGGUUUUACCUAAUUUACAAGCUAAGCUACGGCUUGGGGAUCAUCGGAUAUGUCAUUAUGGUCUUGACGUUCUUCGGGCUGAACGUCGUGUUUGAUGCUAAGCCUCAGACUUGGAUGGAUGUCGCUCUACUGUUCCUCUUCUACGGACUCUACUAUGGCGUACUCGCACAAGACGUGGCGGAAAUAUCUAGCGAUAAGAUGGCGUCUCAUAUUGGGUACUACACAGCCAAUGGUAUGCCUACUAGACAUCUAGAGGCCGGCGUAUGUGCCGUGUGUGGCAACCGACUACUGGUGCAAGAGAACGAGGAAGGAGUUUUGGAAAACACGUAUAAACUCAGCUGUGACCAUGUAUUCCACGAGUUCUGUAUCAGAGGAUGGUGUAUUGUCGGCAAGAAACAGACAUGUCCUUACUGCAAGGAGAAAGUUGAUCUCAAGAAGAUGUUUUGCAAUCCCUGGGAGAAGCCCCAUGUUUUAUAUGGUCAGCUGUUAGACUGGCUUCGGUGGCUUGUAGCGUGGCAACCUGUUAUCUUCGGCAUAGUGCAAGGCAUCAACUACGUUCUAGGCUUGGAGUGACCAGAUUCUACCAACCAAAGACUCGACCCACCAAAUACGCAGGGUUACAUGACGAGGGAAAGAUAAGACAUUGGCAUUGUUACCAACACAAUCUAGACAGUGCUGUGCUUAGUUUCAAGUACAACAAUAAAAUUUGUUAUCCGUUUGUAGCUCAUCAAAGAAAUAAUGAAUUUAUCAUGUAUCAAAGUUUUGAAUUUAUAUAGAAAAAAUUUUAAUAUUUUUAAUUUGGAGAGGGGAGGGCUGAGAUAUGUUGGAGUGUUGACGCUGGUUAUGUUGGCCCAAAUUUUGAAUGGAGGAUUAGAGAAAUGCCUUGUAUAGUUUUUUACCGACUUGAUUAGCCGAUACCUUAGCCAGAAUCAUUAAUCUAUUGACGGCGACUUGUGUAUAGCCCUUCACCACAUUUCGCCACAAGAUAGGUCGUGCUGCUAACCUUCACCAGUCACAUUGAACUGUCAAUAAAUUUGUUAAUUCUGUUAACACGUAAAACAUAUUAUUUAUAAAUUAGGAUUUUUUGAGGAUAGCAGGCUUAAUUGAAUGGGAAAGAGUCUAACUUGCACAAGAGACACAAAACUUAACUUUAUAUACACAAUUAAGGAAGAGAGUUUAAAAAACGCUCUUCCUUAGUUGAAAAUGCUGUCAGUGACAGUGAAUUAUUAUAAUUUGUGUAUAUAGAGUAAAGUUCUGUGUUUAUUGUGCCAGUUUGGACACUUUCCCAUUUAGGUAAGCCUGCUAUCUCCCAAAAAAUGUUAGAUACUUAUUUAUCAAUUAGUCACAACUGCCCUCCCCAAUGACGGAUCAGAAUGCAGGAAAACCAUACCGGUUCUAACAAUUAUAAAAUAGUGGGGAUGUUAUUGUAUCCUAUUCCAUCUAGUCUGUAUGUUUUUUUUAUAUAAUGUAAUCGUGAUAUAAAACACAAAAUAUACUCAGGAUCACCAGAAAGUGCAGUUUAUGGGACCAGUAAAAUAAAUUUUACAUGUUGGUUUUGAUUUUCUCCACGUAGGAACUCAAAAUCUAAGCUUCAUAAACUGUUGUACUGUGAACAAACUGAUGCAGUGAACAUAUCUUAUACAGAACAUAAUAUGUGAGUCAUAAUAUAUAAUAUAAAACACUAUUUGAAGCAUAGUACCCGUCCUUCGUACGGGGUUGGCAUAUAUUCGUACGGGGUAAAAUGCUUAUUGCAUUUAUGUAUUUGUCCACUGUGUUUGCUAUGAGGAAGGACACGGAGAAAACACUAAUAAGGUUAACAUGGGAAUCUCCAGAGCCACUGGGGGGGAGCUCGAAAGGAUCUUUGAAAUAAGAGUGUGUCUAUGUUAAUCGGGAAAGUAGCUAUCAUCAUACCAAACUUUAGCUCAAUCCGACCAGUAGUUAAUGCAUGAUUGAACUUCAAACAAACAAACACACAAACUUUCACAUUUAUAAUAAUAGUAAGAUUAGAUUGUAUAUAAUAUAUGUGUGUCUUUGAAUGCACAGAGUAGCAAGAUCAUAGGAUACAAGCUUAUGGGACAACCGUGCGCUUUUAGCUCCGGUAUGUUGGGGCGGAAAUGUACUUGUACCGAGCAAAGACGAGCCGUAACGGCGAUGGCCACAUAGCAUUUUUGUACAGCAGUUUUUUAGCUCACAGGGUCAGUACGUGAAGACGAGGGGGGAAAGGAGAGCAUGAGGGGACGACAAAUAGAAUUUGCUCUAGACUCCAGCGACUGGUGCUAGACACCUUUUUAGUGUACCAUUGAAUGUUUCCUCUGUAACUUACUUCUCUAUGGUGAAUUUGAUAACUUAGUAAUUUUGGUCCAAUUUUGACAAAAUUUGGCUUGAAGGUGUACGGCAAGAUAAACUUUAACGAGUUUGGAAACCAGCAAGAUCUGGUUAUAGAAACGGGGUAUUAUGAGGUUUUAAAUUUUCAAAAAUUUGUAUUUUCAAAAAUUAUCCCAUUUGACAUGAAAAUGCCAAAUUUUCAUCAAGCCAUUAAAAAAUCAAGUAAUUUUGUAUUUUAUGGAAAGAUUGUUGUACAGCUAAAGGCAACAGAGAAAAUUCCAAAUAGGCCUACUUUACAUUUUAAUUUCUAUGUUAUUCUUAUGGAGAAAAAGAAAACGAUUGUAGUUUACAUGUUUAUUGAUAUUAUGUUUUUGACAUUUGGCAAAUUUAUUUCUUUGUAUACCAUUGAUGUUUGGUCAAAAACCACUUUUUACGUACCCCAUAGUAGCAAACCUAGGCACUCGUUAAAUUACAUCAUGUGGCAUAAAUAUGUUUUGUUUACGGAAAUAUUUGAGUAAAAAUCGAAUCAGGCAAAUUGAAAUUUGCUUAGCCUGUAGGGUUAGCUGCGGCGGAGGUGGUUAAUCCAGUUUUUAUUUUGAGCUCAAAUUUGCGGCAUUGUAUUCCGCUAAUAAAGCCCUUUUAUUUGAUGUGCAUAGCGACCUAUGCAUAAGUUUUUUAUUUUCAUCCGACUUCUAGCGGGUGCCUCCCUGAGGAUGUAGCGUAUAAUAUAAUUGCAAGUUCAAUGCAUCUUUGAACGGCUGCCAUUUUUGACUCGGUUGUCCGUUUGUGUUAAAACUUGCGGCAUUGUAUUCUACUAGUAAAGGCCUUUAAUUUGAGGUGCAUAUCAACCUAUGCUUACAUUUAAGAUUUUCUUCCGACUCUAAGGGCCGUUCCCCUUAGACGUACCACUGAAUAAUGGGUUGAAAUUAUUUUAAUGUCCAGCAACUGUACAAGUUUUGAAGCUCUAUAUUUAUUAAUUUUUGAAAUAUUUAACCGUCAUGGGACUUUUUUCCAUCCCAUAUUUAUAUUGUGUCUGUGAACGCAAUAACUUAGGUAAUUUUUGUCCGAUUUUGAUGAAAUUUUGCUUGAUGGUGUAGGGCGGGAUAAACUUGAAUGAGUUCGUGAAUUAGGUUGAUUGGACCAUGGGAACGGGUUUAAAAAAAAUGGAUUUCCCAAUUUUCAACCCUCAAAAUAUAAAAUUUUCUAAACUAUUUAGAAGAGCUUAAAAACAAAUGAUUUAUUACAUUGAAUUGUUUUUGUAUGGUUAUUGGUUACACAUACUAAGUAAACUGUUGUAGUUUGCUUGUUUAUGCAUAGGCCUAUAUUUUGAUUAAACUUGGCAAAUUUAUUUAUUUUAUAGUAAGCUUAAGCUACUAGAGGUGAUCAUUAAACCUAAUGUUAUUGUCAUUUAAUAGACUUAAGUGAAAAUCAAAUCAGGAAAAAAGAAAUUCGCUUAGUCUGCAGGUUUGCUGCGGCGGGGAUAUUUUAACAUUUUACGAGGGAACACGGUCAAAACCCUGAUCUUGUUACAAUCUAGCAUCAACCUUUUUGUAAUUCCAUAUUAAUUAUUAGCCCGAUGAUAAAACAUCUGGACCUAGUAACGAUCUUGCUUGGAAUCAAACCAGCGAAUUUCAGUUGAAGGCGAGAACUAUAACCACUCCGGACCACACCCAGACAAUCUAAUACUAAAUUAUUUAUGAUUAUGACAAUUGAUUACUUUAAUGAUCGUACCUUAUGCACUUUCUUGUGGUCCCCUAAACAAUUUAAAACUGACUAUUCAUGUACUGUCAUGGAUUUAAAAUUCUUAUAAUAGCAGAAACAAAGAUUUCCGCAACACCCCAACUUAAAAAUUAUGUUUAACUACAAUUUAGGCCUAAGUACAUAAUUUUUAUACUCUAGUUAAUCAAUCAAAUGACAAGUUCAAUCUAUGUUCUUGUGGAUUUCAAAUACUUUUUAGUAAAAAAUAAAUUUGGCAAUCAAAAGAACAAUAAUGUUUUAGUAAUUAACGUUACUUAACGAUCUUUUGAAAUAUUUACUAUUUUUGAAUAUCAUCAUAAUCUUAGCAAAAGAUUAAUUUCACAAAUCAUAAUUUUUUAUUGUAAAGGAUUAUCCAUGUAUCCACCUCAGCAACUAAGCAAAAUGAUUAUUGUUGUAAAAGAUAGAUGUAACCAUUUUGUAAUGCACUUAAGUAGAAGUGGCUUCAAGGAAUUGCUUGUUUCGGAACAAAGGACUUAGUUUUGCUGUUGUAUAAGUUAAGUUUAAUGUAUACCUGUGUUUGUAAAUAUGUUAUUUGUGAUAAUAAACUACCUUUGAAUUA